AUGGAAUCCUUCAGUCUCGCCUCUAUUAAGAGAAACCUUUCGGGGUAUGAAAUACCCGUGCUGGGAUAUGGGCUUUACCAAGUACCUGAUGCGGUCGCCGAAGAUGUUACCGACCAGGCUUUGAAGGCCGGGUAUCGCCAUAUCGAUUCCGCAGCGGCGUAUGGAAACGAGAGGGAAAGUGUCAGUGCCAUUGAGAAGGCGGGGCUCAAACGUUCCGAUGUUUUCUUGACAACAAAGGUUUCACCGAGAGCUACCGGAUAUGAGGCAGCAAAGCAGUCCAUUGAAGGAAGCCUCGCGAAAGCCAAAACUGAUUACUUUGAUUUGAUCCUUCUUCAUGCUCCGUUCGGAGGCAGAAAAGGCCGCCUCGGCGCCUGGCGUGCCUUGGUGGAAGCGCAGAAAACAGGAAAAUCUCGUUCGAUUGGGGUCUCGAACUUUGGAAUUCAUCACCUGGAAGAGUUGGAAACAUUCAUCCAAAGUGGCGGAGGUGGUAAGAUUGAAGUUGGCCAAUACGAACUCCAUCCUUGGCUUGGGCGUGCCGAUUUGGUCGACUGGCUUCACAAGCGUGGAGCAGUCGUCGAGGCAUACUCCCCUCUUGCCAGGGGAACUCGAAUGAAUGAACCCGCUCUCCACGCAAUUAGCAAGAAACACAUGAAGACACCCGCCCAGAUUUUGAUCCGCUGGAGCCUUCAGAAGGGCUUUGUGCCACUGCCAAAAUCAACUACACCUGAUCGUAUCAAGGAGAAUGUGGAUGUGUUUGACUUUGAGCUGGAUGACGAUGAUAUGAAGCUCCUACACACUGAGGAGUAUUCACCUUCUACUUGGGAUCCCACUACUCAGCGAGAUUAA